AUGCAGCGAAACUACGGUGAAGAUCAUCAACCGUACAAUGAACCUUACGGCGAUUUAGUGCCAUUCGGAGACCCAAACUGGUACCGCGGCUACACAUCACCAUUCUAUAAAAAAACGCACUCCGAUUUUCGUCUCAAGUGCCGCUCGUUCGUUGAAAAAGAAAUUUUACCGUUCGUGCACGAAUGGGACGAAUCGAAAACCAUUCCGAAAGAAAUAUACGUGAAAACAUACAAAGCCGGAAUCCUGCCGGGUGUGGUUGGAAAACCGUGGCGUGAAGAAUUGACAGACGGGAUUCAACCUCCACCAGAUUUUGAUUACUUUCACGAAUUGAUCUUGUUUGACGAAUUCGCCAGAUGCGGGUCCGGAGGCGUCUUGUGGGGGUUGUUGGAAGGCGUGCACAUCGGGUUACCGCCGGUGUUAAAUUUUGGAAGCGAGGAGUUGAGGAGAAGAGUUGGUAGUCCGGUUUUGCAGGGGAAGAGUAUCAUUUGCUUGUGCAUUACAGAGCCGUACGCUGGGUCAGAUGUGGCGAAUAUUCGGUGCGAGGCGAAGAAAGACCCGACUGGGAGAUUUUACACGGUCACUGGAGAGAAGAAAUGGAUCACGAACGGUAUUUGGGCAGAUUAUUUCACCGUUGCAGUGAGAACCGGUGGGAAAGGGUCGAGCGGAAUUUCCUUGCUCGUGAUUGAAAAGUCAAUGAAAGGCGUGGACUGCAAACGCAUGGACUGCAUGGGCGUUUGGGCAUCCGGAACGACCUUUGUUACGUUUGACGAAGUCAGAGUGCCGGUGGAAAACUUAAUCGGUAACGAAAACGAAGGCUUUAAGUACAUUAUGCACAAUUUCAACCACGAGCGAUGGGGAUUCGUCGUGCAAGCGAAUCGAUUUGCGCGAGUGUGUUACGAAGAGGCAUUUACGUACGCACAUCGGAGGAGAACGUUUGGCCAGCGUUUAAUCGAUCACGCAGUUAUUCGGCACAAACUCGCGGAAAUGAUACGCCAAAUCGAAGCCACGCAUAACCUACUCGAGAAUAUCACGUAUCAAAUGAACACCUUAUCUGAAGAACAAAAACCAAAAAUGCUCGCCGGCAUCACCGCUUUAGCAAAAGUCCAAGCGACGAAAGUGUUUGAGUUUUGCGCCAGAGAAGCGGCGCAGAUUUUCGGCGGCGCGAGUUACGUACGAGGAGGGCAGGGUGAAAAAGUCGAAAGGCUGUACAGAGAUGUCAGAGCGUACGCUAUACCUGGCGGUUCAGAGGAGAUCAUGCUGGACUUUGGCGUGAGAGAUAGCAUGAAACAGUUUUCGCGUUUAUGA